AUGAUGCACCUAAGCAAGUUCCUGAGUAGUUUGGCGAAUAGAGAAGAUAUGUCUAAAAGAUCUCUCAAAAGACUGGAGAAUACGCGGAUUGGAAAGUUAAGAGAAAUUGUUGUUGAUACUCCAACACUGAUUCAGAUGAUGGUAGCUAUUGAAAAACUUGUGGAAAUGUUUGGUUUUGACAGAGAACAGUUUUUUCAAGCACCCAAUCAAUAUCGGAGAUUGUUGCUAAGUUUUCAGCUUUACAACUUCCAGGAGCGCACUCGAAUGAGACGUGAUGAACUCGAAAAACUAUCUCAUGCUUGUGAUCUCAAUUUUAUCACAAGAUUGGACAAAAUUUUGAAACUGGACCAUCUCGAUUGCGAGCUCACUUUGAAAGAGUUCAUUCUUCAAAUUCGAUCGAUAGAGUCGACUUCAAAUUUUUUUAGCUACCUUCGUUCAACUGCCAUUGUUCUCGGGAACUUGGUCGAUUUCGAAAGUCAUCUUUCUACUUUUAUGAUUCUUAUUCUGUGCCCGUUGCAAAGAUACUUUAUUGUGAGAGGAGCUGUCUGUUAUGUCGGACUUUUGGGUUAUCACGGAAAACCAAAAAUACCAGAUGACUUAACCACGUUUGUGAAGAAGAAGGAAGAUUUCACAACAACUGGUGUCCCAACAAACGCUGCGAUUCGGAAUUUUCCCUUCCACCAACAUAGUGUGUUGCAUCUGGCCAUGUUGGUAGACCCUUACAAAAGUAUAUCCAGAGAUGUUGUUCACAAUCGUAUAAAAAAUGAUUUCUUCUUGAAAGUCAGCAGACCACAAUAUACCCCGUUUCGCUAUCUGUUGAGUCAAAAAUAUGAACACAAGAUUGGAGAUGAAGUGAAAUACAAACUCCGCAUAGACUGUCUCGAUGAAACUCGAAAUUCCCUAUAUGUUGGAUACUUGUGUGACCUUAAGAAGAUGGAAGAUUAUGGUGUAGGAGAAAAACAAUCCAUCAAUCACAUGUAUGACUUUGGAUUUGGACUCAUUUCAAAAUGGGAAAUCGCAUAUCGACUUGUUAAAAAAAUGUUUGGUGGCGACACCGAUCCUAUCGAUUGGAGUAAUCUCGAUGACAGCGGAGUCGAUAUGGACUGCUCUCCUUCUCCUGUUGGCCCCUUGUCAAUUGACGUAGCUGUUGAUACUAACCAGGGACCACCAACGCUUGCACCAAAUCUGCCGAUCAAAUUAGAAGAAGCUGAACCUACUAUUAGAGGAUACCACCUGCUUCCUAUCAAUCCGCCACCAGUUGGAUGGGAAAAUGAUCCAGCAUGGAAAGAAUUCAACUUUUCGUCUGUGACAUACCAGGGACAAAACUUUUCCGUGAAUACAGUCACGGUGUUUCCUUCGGGCUCCAAUUUCCAAUCAACAUCUGAAAUGAAAAAUGCCUCUUCGAAUCAGGAGGGCUAUGGAUCCGUUGACACAUGCUGA